CUCCCAUUUCCAUUCUGACGGACAGCAGUUAGCUCACUCCCAGGGAGCUCAGCGCCCAAGCUGCGAACUAGUCUGGAGUGCGCAGCCAGCUGACGCAGCAACAGUCGGCGGUCAGCAGGACCUGGGUUUGAGUCGUUAAGCCUUCAGUGAUUAUUAUUAUUAUUACAAUUUAUAAUGAAGAAGUUAAAAAGACCCAUAUCCUGACGUCCACAUUUUGGUCAAUGACUGUGUCGUGGUGACGGUUCCUGACAUGGACGCUAGUGACAAUAAGGAUGUGAAGCUUUCAGCCGAAGUGGAACCGUUCAUCCCACAGAAGAAAGGUCUUGAAGGAUCCCUAGUCAGCAUGAGUCUUUCUGGAGAGGCAGGCGGAGGAGGAGGGGGGGGAGGUAUAGGAGGGGGCGGUGGCGGGGUGGAAACCACUCCAAUACCCAGCUACCUCAUCACCUGCUACCCUUUCGUCCAGGAGAACCAACCCAACAGGCAACAUCCUAUGUAUAAUGGAGGGGAGCUGCGCUGGCAGCAGCCUAACCCUAGCCCUGGUGGUUCAUACCUGGCCUAUCCCAUCUUGUCUACGCCCCAGCCUCCUGUCUCCAAUGAUUACGCUUACUACCAGAUUAUGCCCGCUCCUUGCCCACCUGUGAUGGGCUUCUACCAGCCCUUCCCUGGCACCUAUGCAGGUCCUGUGCAAGCUGGAGUGGUCAACCCUGUCUCAGCAGAUGUGAGUGAAAGACCACUGCCUCUCGGGCCAGCAUAUGGGAUGGCCAGUCAAAGGGGGAGAGGCAUGGUCCGACCUAAUGUUCUCCCAAAGCAACAGUUAGGUGUGUGCCAGCCUCCAAGGGGUCGCCGGCCUCCAACCAGAAGUGUGGCUGUGCAGAAAGAGAUUUGCACCUUGGGGCCUGACGGUAGGACCAAGACAGUCAUGCUGGUGGAUGCAGCACAGCAGACUGAUUUCCCAGGUGAGGUGUCAGGGCGGUGUGCUGCUGAGCGGGCUAGUCCCCUGCUGUGGAAGAACCGGACAAAGAGAAGGCGGGCGUCCCAUCCAGCUGAAGGCUACAAUGAGCAGGGUGCCAGUGAGGCAGAUAUAGACAGCGACAGUGGCUACUGUAGCCCCAAACACAAUCAGGCGGUAGGGGUAGCACAACGAACAGCAGAGAAUACAGCAGCACCCACAGGAGUAGAGGCUGGUGUAAUGACAGCAGGUACCUGGGUAAAUGUAGCCUCUCAGGCUACCCAGAAGUCAUGGGGAGACAGGAACAGCCAGUUUCACAGAGGAGACCAGAGGAAGAAUCCUGAACAGAGAAACUUCUCACAGGAUUUCCACGGUGGCUAUCCAGGGCGUGUGCCGCCGAACCAGUUGGAACAGAGGCUGCAGCCAGCAGUGGUCACAAGUACUGAGCUCAGCCCAGAGCCCCUCUACUUUGAGGAUGAAGAUGAGUUCCCUGAUCUCUCUUCUGGAGGGGCUGUCCAACGCAGCACCAAACCAGAAUCUACUUCAGCCCAGACACACGCGCAACCUAAACUGCCCAAAAACCUGCUGGAUAACCUGCCAGAAAACUCCCCUAUCAACAUUGUGCAGACACCCAUCCCCAUUACCACCUCUGUUCCCAAGAGGGCCAAGAGCCAGAGGAAGAAGGCUCUGGCUGCUGCCUUGGCCACUGCACAGGAGUACUCUGAGAUCAGCAUGGAACAGAAGAAAUUACAGGAGGCAUUCACUAAAGCAGCAGGGAAGAAGAGUAAAACCUCUGUCGAGCUGGACCUGGGAGACAUGCUAGCAGCUUUGGAGAAACACCAGCAGGCUAUGAAGGCCAGACAACUCACCAAUACCAAGCCACUGUCUUUUACAGUUGGAACAACUACUCCAUUCCACGGUUCAGGCUUGACCAGCAUGCCAUCUAUGUUGAAGGGUCAUCAGCAGCCAUACUCGGCCCCACACAAUUCCCUGGAUUCCACCGCACCCCGUAUCAAGAGAGGGAAGGAGAGGGAGAUCCCUAAAGUAAAACGGCCAACAGCCCUUAAGAAGAUUAUCUUGAAGGAACGUGAAGGGAAGAAAGGGAAGACGAGUGUAGAACAAGAGUCUUCAGGGCAGGAGGAGCAUGGGGAUGAGUCUCUACAUUUCACUGAUGAUCUUGCACGAGAGCCUGCCUCCCAAGAAAGUGAGGACAAUGGUCUGAGUAUGCCCAGUGAUGCGUCCCUUUCACCGGCCAGUCAGAAUUCUCCAUAUAGCAUCACCCCGGUGUCCCAGGGUUCUCCUGCUAGCUCUGGCAUCGGGAGUCCUAUGGCCUCAAAUGCCAUCACCAAGAUCCACAGCCGACGUUUCAGAGAGUACUGUAACCAAGUGUUAAGUAAGGAGAUAGAUGAGGGCGUCACGAUGCUGUUACAGGAACUGGUUCGCUUCCAGGAACGAGUCUACCAGAAGGAUCCUACCAAGGCCAAAUCCAAACGCCGCCUGGUCAUGGGUCUCAGAGAGGUCACCAAGCACAUGAAGUUGCAUAAGAUUAAGUGUGUCAUCAUCUCUCCCAACUGUGAAAAGAUCCAGGCCAAAGGUGGAUUGGAUGAAGCUCUAUACAAUGUAAUUGCUAUGGCUAGGGAUCAGGAGAUCCCAUUUGUGUUUGCCUUGGGCAGAAAAGCUCUUGGACGCUGCGUCAACAAACUUGUGCCUGUUAGUGUGGUUGGCAUUUUCAACUACUCUGGAGCUGAGGGUCUCUUCAACCGUUUGGUGUCUCUGACCGAAGAGGCUAGGAAGGCCUACAAGGACAUGGUGUCAGCUCUGGAGCAGGAGCAGGCCGAGGAGGCUCUGAAAAAUGACAAGAAAGUCCCACACCACAUGGGGCAUUCCCGCAACCACUCCGCUGCUUCCGCUAUUUCCUUUUGCUCUAUCUUCUCUGAGCCCAUCUCAGAGGUCAAUGAAAAGGAAUACGAGACCAACUGGAGGAGUAUGGUGGAGACUUCAGAUGCCUUGGAGCCUGUAGAGGUUGAGCCGAGUCGCCCUGCACCUGCCACAGCCACCCAGAAAGAUGGGGAGACCCUGGCAGCCACCACCAACGCCGCCCCACCUGGCUCCACUGCUCCCCAGCCCAGGGCGGUGCCUCCGACACUGACACAGGGUAACGGUGAGAGAGACGAGGUCCGGGUUGACGACAGGCUGGAGCUGGCCUCUCAGCAGAGCACAGAGACAGGCUCAUUGGAUGGGAGCUGCAGGGGCCCGCUGAACUCCUCCAUCACCUCCACCACUUCCACCCUGGUCCCUGGGAUGUUGGAAGAGGCAGAAGAAGAGGAGGAAGAAGAGGAGGACUACACCCCUGAACCCAUUUCUGUGGAGGUCCCCACCCUCAGCAGCCGUAUCGAAUCCUGGGUGUCAAAGACCCUGGAAAACCUGCAGCUGGGAAAGAGCCAGGAAAGUACGGAAGAGGAGGAGGAGGAAGACGAUGACGAUGAAGAGGAGAGAGGGCAGAGUGAAGAGGAGGAGGACCUUGAUUCCGCGGACAUCACAGAGACGAGGACAGACGGUAAUGAGCAAGAGGAUGCAAAGAAGGUCACUGGUUGAUGUCACCUCUCCUCCUCAUCCCUCUGUUCUUUCAUACACUCAUUUCCUCUGUUGCUCUCACAUCCCUCUUCACAGCAACCAGCAGCUUUUCUCCUGUGUCUCUAACCCCUGACACCAGACAUAAUCUCAGGUAUCCCACCAACUGACCAACACUCACACGUAUUACAGAGAAACUGACCAACUUACCAACACACAGCGUCGCAGACCAAACAACUAACACAGUCAACCACUGUUCAGACCUGACAUUAGCAUACGUCUUGCCAAUCACAGGUGGCAAGCUUUAAGUACAGGUGUAAAUGCAUCCAAGAUGCAUUGAGAACACAUUGAGGUAUUGAGGUAAGAGUAUUUCUCAUGUCAAAGAACCAUUGAGAAAUCACGGUAAAUCUUGGGUCUUAGCUGUUAGGGUUAGAUUAUCACAUUAACUGUCUGUGAUGUGUUGGUGUUUUUGCUCUGCAUAGAUCAAAGAGCUCUUUGUCCCGGCUUUCUGAAGCUCGGUGCCUCAAUGCCACCUUUGCCAGGCAAUUAAUUAAUCACAAGGGGUCACUAAAGACUCAUGUGGAGAAGCAGUCGAAUGCCUGGUAUGUGAAUACACCUACUGAGAGCAAGCUGUCCACUUGUGAUUGAUGCCAGGUCUGAACAGGGCCCAACACUCAUCUUGUAAUUUAAAAGGAUGCCCUCACUUCUUGGGGCCAUAACCUGCUACACUUGAAUCAGUGGGAAGUUUUUGACUUUCCUCCUCCAAAAGCGAACUCUUGUAGAGUCAAGGACAUUUCUAGGAGCGUUAAAUGAGUGAUGAGCGCAAAAAAAUGUUGAACUGCUUUCGCUCACAGAGGAGGAAAGUUGGAACCUUUCAGCUCCCAUCUUACUUUAUACAGAGCUCAGAAGGUGUACAGCUCUGCAAGUAUUUGUGUGCUUGUGUGUGAGUGUGUGUGUGUGUGUGUUCAUAUUGUUUGCAUUCAUUAUUGCUGUGUUCUUGAGCUUUAUCUUUGUAAAUAAUGUUUUGUUUUUUCACCUGCUCCACAAGGGAAGGAGACAUGUAUUUCUUAAAUACAUCUUAGUUAUUUAGCUUUCCUCGCAGAAUAUGAGUGUCAGGGGUGUUCUGUCUUUCUACCAAAACCACUCCCACCUAUCGGCCUUCAGAGAGUGUUUUUUAAUGUUCAAAUAAUAAGUGUCCCAUUCUGUAUUCAGAUGAUUCAGACGACUUUAACUUCUAAGAAGCAAAACAAGCUUUGUGUAUAUAACCUUGUCUAUGUGGCUCUACUACAGUAUAUCAUGGUUUGUCAUAUGGGUCUUGCCUAGUGUGAAACUAUUUGGGAUGUUUUCCUCUGACUGGAGUUCCCCAAAUGCUGUCUGUACUUCAUUAAAAAAAGAAGUGCUCCUGUUUUGUUUUCUCUGGCGGUGUUUGUUCUCUGAUGGGGGGGGGGCCUUCCAAGGCUUGGUAAUGACCUAACGCCAACAAUGGGCUCUUCUCAUUUCUCUAUUUUGUGCCUCCUCAUCUCUCCUCUGUCCACCAACCUGUGACCCCAAAGUCAAUCUUAGCACGCCAUCCUAAAUGAUCUUGAUUCCUAAAAUGCAUCUUGAGGAUAGAGGAGGCUUGCCGGAGGGGCUAUGAGCGGGGACGCACAGGUGUCUUGUCUGCAAAAGUCUUUUCAGCACCUGUGACAUACAAAGAGGUGUGACACACAGCUGAAAAAUACAAAGCAUGGCAGCUGUGCCACACAUCAUAUUUAAUUGACGUUGCUUUAUAAUAACGACUCCGAGGUAGUAUAAUCUCCUUUUGUUUAAUGCCUGUUGCCUCAACUCCUCUCUCUCCUCUCGGCUCUUCCUUGCCUCCUCCGCUCGCAUCGCAGGUGGGAGGGACUAAGAUGUGGGGGGAAGAAUGGAAGAUGUACAAACUGAGAAAUGAGAAGUGAAGAUUGAGAUUUUUUUCCAUCCAUCAAGUGUUUUGUUAAAUAAGCGGUUCGAGAGAAGUUAGUUGUAAAGCUUUGGGCCUGUCUGUGUAGUUUAUGACAUUAUGAAAGAAUUAGGGUACUGGAAAGUUACACCCCCCCCCCCCCCCCCCCCCCCCCCUGUGUAUACUCUACACUACACUGCCAUAGUUGACAAAAAAAGCAAAAGUAGUUGUUUACAAAUUAAAUGGAGCACCUAGCUGCAACCGCCAGCCAGAAGUCAAUUCACCACAGCUGAGAAGGUUCCUCAUCACUGGGUGUCAAACAAGUGGUCGCAAAGUCACGCACAUACUAAUAAUAAACCCUUGUAAAUACAAGUGUACAAAAGAGAUGUUGAAUUGUAUUUAAAAAAAAAAAAUGCAAUCAUCCUGUUAUUAAAGCCAUUUGAUAGUUUUAACAGUUGGAAUCCAAUUUGAUAUUGGUAUUUAAUAGUGAAUCAUAGUGACCAGUCGAUGAUGAGUCGGUGAGUUGAAAUGCAGUAUGCCGGGCUGUAUGCAAUGUAAAGCCGUGAGAUGGGAGAUGACAUGUACUGAAUACCAUACUUAUCAUAUGAUUAUGAAAGCAUUUCUAGUAUGAUAAAAGGUACGCUGUGUGUAGGCUUUUUGUUGCUACGACUUCCAUCAAAGUGUUUGAAGUAUGUUAAUUGACAACAAGUGUGUUUCUUUGCACUAUGUAAAUACAGUACUGGUAAAGGUCUUGUAACUAAUGUGAACAAAAAAAAAAAAAAACGGUUCAAUGAAGUACUUUUUUCAGCGUGUUCCUUGUCUUUAUAUGGAUAUUUAAGACCGUCUCUUUCAGACUGUACAUCCCUAGCAACAUUGUUAUAGGCUGUUUGUCAUAAUCCUGUUAUCACUCUUAACAUAUAUGGACUGAUGAUUAACAUCAUUAAAAUGUUGUUUAAGUAAA